AUCUGGAGAUAAAGCCAAACCGGGUCGGCUGUUUUUUUUUUUUUUUUGGUUUGUUUUUUUUUUUUUAACGGAGAUUGACAAAGGGACCAUAUAAAGGUUUAGCUUUGUGCCUGCUGAAAUGGCGGUUCCCGCGGGCCAGGCAGAUCUACAGAUGGACAGAGGCGCCCUGAGCGGCCAGACAGUUUCCUCAGAAAGCAACAUUGACAUCGACGAGAAAGAGUUGGAAAAUAUCACAAAGAAGCACCGAGAAGACGAUACGACAACGCUGCCUUUGCACUCGCCUUGGACGUUUUGGCUGGACAGGUCAUUACCGGGCACGACGGCUGCGGAAUGUGAGUCCAAUCUGAAGAAGAUCUACACAGUGCAAAGUGUUCAGAUGUUCUGGAGUGUAUACAACAAUAUCCCGCCAGUCACAGCCCUGCCUUUGAGAUGUAGCUAUCACUUAAUGCGCGGCGAACGGAGGCCGCUGUGGGAAGAAGAAAGCAAUGCAAAAGGAGGAGUGUGGAAGAUGAAAAUACCAAAAGAAAGCACUUCUGCAGUUUGGAAAGAAUUGUUACUUGCUACUAUUGGGGAGCAGUUUGCAGAUUACUGUGCCUCAGAUGAUGAAGUUGUUGGUGUCAGUGUUAGUGUUCGAGAUCGGGAAGAUGUUGUACAAGUCUGGAAUAAAGAUGCAUCUCUUGCAAAUGAAGCAAAUAUCUUGGGAAAAGUCUAUGAGCUCCUCCCGUACAUAUCUUUUAAAGCUGUUUUUUAUAAGUCUCACAUGGAUCAUCAUGCCUUUGAGGGAGGACGUUCAAGACAUUAGGUUGAAAUGCACUUUUUUCUUUUUUUCUUUUUUAAGCUGAACUCUGUACCUGCCUUGACAUAAAGGCCCUAUCCACAACCUAAUCAAGGAUAUUAUUUUUCAUUCAACAAGGAAAUGUUAUCAAUAUAUUUUUAUAACCUUUAAUGAAUGAUGCCUUGUUUCAUUUUGAUGUGGGUCCUAAAUCUCUGAACUCUUCAGAAAAUGUGUAUAUUCGACAGAAAUCUCAUCCAGAAUUCAUUAGUUCAUGUUGGUUUUGACUUCCUCCUAUACUGAACUGCACUGUCAUGGCCCUAUUCUCUGCAUGGGCUAUGGGCCUUACAAAUCAUUACUGGUAUAGAGGUAGCAGCUACAUAAUCUGGUAUGUUUUAACUGUACGAUAUGGUAGAUAUCUCAGUUCAUAUCAUGUUUUAAUUAAGUCAUCUUACUCAGUGCCAAAGCACUUUUCUGCUGAUUUAAGAAGUUUGUAUCCUAAUGUUUUCCACUUCUGAGGAUGGAGUGAAUGUCCCAUUCAGUUUUGUGAAUCUCCAUCAACUGUACAUCCAACUUUAAUCAGGGCAACACUUGGAAAUAUUGCAAAUUACUACCUAUUUCAGUCACAGUGUCCCACAGUUAAAAAGCCGUCAUAGGGAAUCAGAACGUAUUCCAGCACAGAUAUGGCCCUACGAAACCUUAGAUCUGGUUUCUAAGAUGUUUUUAAAGGGCAAAAUCCAUCCUGAAAGGUGCCUCUUUGAAUGUGAACAGCCACACCACAUUUGACAUUUCAUUCAAUACUAGUGUUGAAACCAGACCCUCUGCUCGCCAAAAUGGAGUCACGGAUUGUUUAGUGUAUUACUCUGAACAGAUACUCUGCAUUUUUGUGCUCAGAAAGUGGUGCUCCUAAGUACUUGUCUAUACUUGUUUCCCCUACCCAUAAAUCAAGUGCGCUUCUUGGACUGUGUCCUUACAACGAUAACACACUGAGAAAAAUGCAGCAUUCUUCUGUUUUUAAAGGAAGUAACACUGGGUCAUGCUAUUCCCCUUAUGUAGCAUUAUAUGUAGAUGCAAUAUGCCAAAUUUUAACAUUAAGAAAAAUGAAAUUAGACAGAUGUGGCAAGUUUCAAUAGUCACUGAGUCAUUGUAGACUGCUUCUUCAAAGAUAAACCAUAAGUUACACUGACCUCCUCUAUUUGAUCAUGUCCAUACUGAUAAAUACCACUAAUUUAAAUAGAGAAAGAAGAAACGCUUAUGUUUCUAUAAGAUCCCUUUACAAAUCUGGCUAAUUUUUCUUAGACUUCAUCAGAGUUAACACUUUAAUUAAACAGUUUCUGUUACUAAUUUUUUAUUGCAGUGCAGGCUACAGUAAACUGAAUGCUUCUGGUAUUAUUGUAUGUCGCACCACUUUUAUAGUUCAACUCUGGACUGGUUGAUAAGUAAGUUAUACGGGGACAAUAUUUCCUUUGUAAACAUGAUUUUUGCAGUGACCUGGACAAAGUAAAUAAAAUGGAAAUGAAAAGAUAA